AUGCUUCCAAAGUGUCCUCCUACCCAGAAAAAGACCUAUCUUUACGACAGUGCAAAUUGUAAGCUUUAUAUCGAAUAUGGAUCAUUUGACGCCAACGAAAUAUAUCCGCAGUGUCAGCCAAAGAGUAAUAUAAGAGCUCCACAUUUUCUACGAAACACUUCAAACUAUCAAUGCGCCGAGGUGAUUAACUACGAUUAUUCCAAUUAUACCACUGCUGAGAGCUCGUUCGAUUGCGAAGACAAGCUUGUAAGGAAUCCGAGGUACACAUCCAAGUUGAUGGAUAAUUGUGAGCUGCACAAACAAUGCGAUGAAAGUUGUAGUAUCAACACACAACAAAUAUCUAAAAAUGAAAAUGCUGAAAGCCCUUGUAAAAAUUUUAUCUAUAAGAAUGCUGUUCAACGUUCAAAAGAUGUUGCCGAGCGUUUCUCAACCAUGUAUUGGGACCAGGCUAAUCGCGCAGGAGAUGGAGCAACUCCAGUUCCAGACAAUUUCCAUAACCGCUACUUCGGAAAAGUUGGAACCCAUAUAGUGAACACUGCUUUGGCUCGUUUUCACAAAUCGGCAUCAACUGUUGAUAUGGAGGGUCGCGAAAGGAUGCGAAAAAUUAGGGAGAAAUCUCGUCAAGCAUUUCGAAACGGAAUGGGCUUCAGGACGGUCGACGACGAAUAUUUGUAUCCACACUCGUCGCGCCAAUAUUAUUUUUCCGACGUACCCAAUUUCAAUAUUUUUGGAUGUGAAUCGUGA